CUUGCACCACCACCAUGGUACUCAACAUUGCCGCAAUGAUCACACGCUUUGAAGAUCUACGGGCAUCCGACCAAGCGUUCUUGGAGCAAUGUCUCCAAGACUUCGCUGCCACCAUCGACCAGCACAAAGAGGUUGUUGACACUGCCAACCCAGUCUUCGACAAGGCGUGGCAAGACUCGGGCGACGAAGGAAUCCGUACGUUGACCAAUUUCACUCGGCGAGAAUUCGACGCACUCUGGAGCAUGGUGGAGGUGCCGCUGAAGGCUCGUUGGCACGGUGGUCGUGGUGCUAAGCCAUCAACUAGCCCCAAAGACGCACUGCUGAUGACGAUGGCUGCUCUGAAACCUCAUGACUCUUGGGAAAAGCACGCUUUGGACUCCAACUUCCGGGCACCGACGUUCCAAAAGCUCAACAUGCGUGUCAUUCAAGUUGCCUCGCCCGUGUUCUACGACAGCCUCGUCAAAAUGCCAUCCAUGGCACAACUCGCCGCUCGAGGUGCACGGUUCGCCAACCAUCCGUACGCACUGUACGCUACUGAUGUCAAGUUCCAGCCUUGUGAGCGUCCAGGUGGCCGUCACGGUGAAGCCAAGCCAUUCUUCAGUGCUGUUAAGUAG